UUUGAAGUCCGUUUUCAACAUCCCUUCUUCCUCGCAGGACUGCUCUUGUUGUUCCGGCCUCCCAUUCUUCUCACGGAUGCGAUCGAUGGCAAGAAUCUUCGCCGUUGCGUUCGCCGGAGCUAGAUAAGACGGUAAGUUCGCAGAAGUAGACCAACUGCUAUCGAUGGGGCAGUCUAUUUCAUCUCCCUUGAAGCAGGCAUCUGCUGCCUCUCGUCGCUCUCGAAGCUGCACCUCUUUCGUUAUGAGUUCCGAAGAUUCCGAUUCUGAUGUUUAUCUAUCCGGCGAGACCGCUCGAGAUCACACAGCGGAGCUUCCCGGCGAGGUGCUUGCCCUAAUAUUUCAGGGACUUGGGUCUAGCGACCGAAAGCGGUGUUCCUUGGUCUGUUGGCGAUGGUUCGCGAUUGAGGGUCAGAACCGCCAUCGCCUCUCUAUUGACGCUCGGGCCGCGCUCCUGGAUGCAGUUCCGUCACUCUUUGCGCGCUUUGAUGCGGUAUCGAAACUGGCUCUCAAGUGUGAUCGCCGUACCGACAGCAUCGGCGAUGAGGCGCUUGGUCUCAUCGCGCAGCGUUGCCCUAAUCUCUCCCGCUUGAAGCUCCGGGCGUGUCGAGAGCUAACGGAGGCUGGGAUGUCUGUGUUAGCGAAACAUUGCCCUAGUCUUCGUAAGCUAUCUUGCGGAUCUUGUACCUUUGGUGCUCGUGGUGUGGAGGCCGUCCUACGUGGAUGUACUCUCCUAGAAGAACUCUCAAUCAAGCGCCUCCGGGGGUUGAACGAGGCAGGCAGUAAUAUUGCUAUUUCUUCUUCUUCUCUCCGGUCUAUUUGUCUCAAGGAGCUCUACAAUGGCCAGUGCUUUGGCCCAGUCAUCGCCAGCUCGCCAAAUCUUCGAACGCUCAAGCUUUUCCGGUGUGCCGGCGAGUGGGAUUGCAUUCUUGAAGAUGUUGCAGAGAAGGUGACCGGCCUUGUCGAGGUCCAUCUUGAGAAGCUGCAGGUCAGCGAUCGUGGUCUCUUUGCUCUUUCAUACUGUACCAAUCUGGAGGUGCUUCAUCUCGUCAAGACGCCAGAGUGCACUGACGCCGGACUAAUUGCUUUUACCGAGAAAUGCAGGCUGCUGAGAAAGAUACAUAUCGAUGGUUGGAAGACAAAUAGGAUUGGCGAUGAAGGUCUUAUGGCCGUUGCAAAACGUUGCCCUAACCUGCAGGAACUUGUUUUGAUUGGGGUUAAUCCCACUUCUCUCAGCCUCGGACUUAUUGGAAGUAAUUGUAGAAAUUUAGAAAGAUUGGCUCUUUGUGGAAGUGAGACUUUUGGUGAUAAGGAAAUUUCUUGUAUUGCUGCGAAGUGCAUGGCUUUAAAGAAGCUUUGUAUUAAGGGUUGCCCUGUUUCUGAUCAAGGGAUGGAAGCUCUCGCUGAUGGAUGUCCUAACCUAGUCAAGGUUAAAGUAAAGAAAUGCAGGGCUGUUACUCCACAUGUGGCUGAUUGGUUGAGGUCUACCAGAGCUUCAUUGGCCGUGAAUUUGGACAACAUCAAUCAGGUUGAACUGCAGGAGGCAUGCAUGAGUGAGAGUGGCAUGAUGGAUAAUGGUGUAGAGGAGAUUCCAGUUUUGGUUGAUCCAUUUUCCUCACUGGAUGUUCCUUCAAGCAGCAGUGGUAGGACAGGGCAUUGGAAGAGGAUAGGUUUUAUUGCUGGAAGGAAUUUCUUUGCGCCUACUUUUAGGAGAUUUUUUCAUGGUAACAACAAUUCCCAUCACCUAUGAGAGGAAAGAGGAAGAUUUUCUUUCCUUCAUCACAAUCGGAUAAUUAAGUAUUGUACCUUUCUGCUAAAAACUUUUUAAGCUUGUAUUUGUUUUAUUUUCAUUUUUUGGCUGUU